AUGCAAGAGAUAUACAGCAAGGUAGAUGUGUUCUUCAUUAUGGAAUCACCUUGUUUCAACGUGUCUCCAUAUCAGUUGGUUAUUCGCGUGUAUCCCCAACUACCACCCAAAAGAAGAACGCCUUGUAUCCACUGUCGAGUAUGGGACACUGUGCUUUGCAACAAGGAUUCCGACGGUGACGGGUUAACUAAUGGACAGGAAUUAGGUGACCCAGAUUGCACGUGGACUCCGGGCUCACAACCCAACACUACAGAAAACUUGUCACAUCCGGGGAUAUGUCAGCCCUUUGACAGUCCACUUUGCGGCGGAAAACCUUCAUUUGUGAACUGUGAAGAUACUGGGCGACUGGAGUGCGACGCCAUAGACCAGCCAGACACUUUUAACUAUACGGUUCGAUUCCCGGAAACGGAUGUGCCAAACAAAGAGACCACGUACAUAUGUAUUACGUUUGAGCUGCCGAUGGACAACGAGUACCACCUAAUUGCAACGGAGCCCGUGAUAGACAACUCCAACAUAAUGCAUCAUUCAUUGAUGUAUGGGUGCAAGGGAGUCAAUGAGGCCCCAACGGAACUCAUGAAGCCGACAGAAUGUGGCGGAGCAAUGGAGGGUUGUCGGGAACUCAUUGCUGCAUGGGCUAUUGGUGGCGUGGGGACUUGCUAUAACCCAAAUGCUGGAUAUCUUAUAGGGGCCAACAAAGGAUUAAAAUAUGCCGUGAUGCAGCAUCAUUGGAACAACCCUCAAAAACUAUCAAACUAUACAGACAGUUCUGGUAUGACCUUUUACUUGACCCCGAAGCUCCGCCCUUACAACGCUGGCUUCCUUAUGACUGGUCAGGUUCACUUUGAAAUCCCACCGGGAGAGUCACACUACGAAGUUUCCGGUUCUUGUGGCGGAAGUUGUCUAUCCCAAAUGAUGAAUGGUACCAUCUACGUCACACAAGUUACCAAUCACAUGCAUCUCCUUGGUACAGCACAAUACACAGUUCUACGAAGAAACAACUCGUUUUUGGCGAAUCUUGCCGAGGACAGAGUUUAUGACUACAACACGCCUAUUAUUCAUUCCCAUAAGGACCCGGUGAUGGUACAAAAGGGUGAUGAGCUGAAAACCACGUGCGUUUAUUCGUCUGUAUCAAAGUCACAUAUAACAAGUUUUGGGGACGCGACCUCAGAUGAGAUGUGUCUUGCAUUCUUUACCUACUACCCCAAAGAAAAUUUCAUGUCUGGCCAAUGUUUGUCCUGGAAAAGUUUAAGCUUUUGUGAAAUGAGACACCAAGAUGUGAUCCGUGGUUGUAACAAACGUAAAAUCUUAAACCUUGCGAAUCCCGAAACAAUGAACAUAACCAUGACGGUGAAUGCACUUUGCGUUCCGGAAGAAUGUCGAAAAGAAUGUUUUAACUACGUAAGAGAACUUAAGCAGCAACCGUGUUUCUCGGGAGACGUCGGUGACUUCAUAAGAAACGCUAUAAAAAGAACGACAAAGGGUAAACUAGACCUUUCCUCCUGGUUCGCCCGGCUAGACUCAUGCAACCGUGAAAUUUUGAAUGAGACUUUGGAGGAUGACAUCAACGGGGGCAGGGCUGUCACGCCCCUUUUUACAGCUUCAUUGCUGGCAAUUCUAUGCCUAUUGCAAAAUUUUUGGCACUGACUAUUUUUUUAAUCUUCGUCAAGUGGAUCAUCGGAACUUCAUCCUUUACUGUACAUUUCAUAUACAAGUAUUACAAAAAUUCUGGCAAAAUCAUAAACAUAUUGUACUGAUGUACCAUCUCCGGUCUAGAUACCAUUUAAUGAACAACCGCUCCUAGACUAAGAUAUAUUCAUAUAUUUAUAUCAUUCUAGUUCUUUUA